AUGAACAGCUGUAUCGUGACGCUUGAAGUAGCUCGUACGAGGCGAGUUGUUGCAGCCGCUAGACAGGAGGUCACCACGCAUCUGCAGCUUCCAGAGGCAACGUGUCGUGACUUAUCGUGUGGACAUAAGCUGCCACGCUACUGUUCAUCAAAUCAGGCGCUAGCACCGCCUACUCUCGCCAAGCGGAACCUGACUAGUCACCGGAGACUCUCGUCCCGUCGAAAUGUGCCGUGGCGGGAGCUGCACAGAUGUCCGAGCAUAAUGCUCAAGCGCGCACGUAGAUACCUUCAAGCUGCUGCACAUACGUGCACGUGGCUUUCCACAAGCAGAAGCUGCUGGAAGCCUCGAGGGGACAAACGGUCCUUCUCCACGCACAAGACUGAGAAUCAGUGCGCUGACCGCAAGCUGAAACCGUGUUUCUUUGCAGUAAGGCGACGCACAAUCAGUCAACUGCGACAGCGAGUGCAGUACCCAGAGGCUUGGUGCUUUUUACCAUGA